AUGCUGGUCCCCGCCUUUGUUCUCGGGCGGGAGCCGAGACAUGCGCGGCUGACGAUGGAAGUGGAGGACUCGGGCGGCGUGGUGCUGACCGCCUACCACUCGUACGCUCGCUCCCAGCCGCCGAGCUCCGAGCCGCGGUGCGCGCCCGGGGCCGCCGCCAGCCACACGGGCAGCAGAAAAUCCAUUCCUCGCUGCCGAAGAAUUAACAGGAUGCUCUCGAAUGAAUCCCUACAUCCUCCUGCGUUCAGCCGCUCCAACUCACAAGCCUCCGUAGACAGUGCCUCCAUGGAGGAUUUCUGGCGGGAAAUAGAAAGUAUUAAAGAGAACAGCAUGGGAGGGCAGGAUGAGCAGAUACCAGCUGAGGUCAAGCCUGUGGAUGAAGGAGAACUUGAAGCAGAGUGGUUGCAAGAUGUGGGUUUAUCAACCCUGAUCUCUGGUGAUGAAGAGGAGGAUGGCAAAGCCUUGCUCUCCACAUUGACUCGAACCCAAGCAGCUGCAGUGAAAAAGAGAUACAAUACUUACACACAAACCAUGAGAAAAAAGAACAAGCAAUCUGUCCGGGAUGUCAGAGACAUCUUUGGAGUCAGCACUUCUCCUCCAGAUGAUUUUUCUUGUAUCCCAACUCCUCUUUUGGAUGCGACCCUGGAUGAAGAAGGAAUAUCAGCAGUCCCCUCCAGAAAUGGCCUACUGCCAGGUGAUACCUGUGACAGUCAUACUACUCGGGAGGAAAAAGAGCUGCCUGUAAUUACCAACACAAGCGGUUCCUUGCCAGAUGAUGCUUCUCUCAACAGUACUCCUUUGUCAGACGGGUCCCAGGAUGAAGAAGGGAAGUUUCCACUUUCCAGGAGUGGCUCUGUGUCUAUCCUUGAGACUAUUCCAGAUAUACCAGUUCAUUCCAAUGGAUCGGCAGACCCUGGACAGUCAGUUCAGAAUGCAGUGAGUGAUGAUGAUUAUCUGGAAAAGAACAUUCCACCAGAAGCUGAAGAGCUGUCCUUUGAAGUAUCUUACUCAGAAAUGGUUACAGAGGCUCCAAAAAGAAAUAAAUUUAAGAAGUCAGAUUUUAAGAAAGAAGACUAUGUUUUUACUAAAUUUAUUGUUCAGAAAACCAGAUUUGGCCUAACUGAAGCAGGAGAUCUAUCUGCUGAAGACAUGAAGAAAAUCCGCCACCUCUCUCUGAUUGAAUUGACAGCAUUUUUUGAUGCCUUUGGAAUUCCACUGAAGAGAAACAAAACAGAGAAAGUCAAAGGAAGAGACAAUGGGAUUUUUGGAGUUCCCCUUACAGUCCUGCUGGACAAUGACCGAAAGAAGGACCCUGGAGUAAAAGUUCCCCUUGUAUUACAAAAAUUUUUCGAGAAAGUUGAGGAAUCGGGUUUGGAAUCUGAAGGAAUUUUUCGACUCUCAGGGUGUACUGCCAAAGUCAAGCAAUACCGUGAAGAACUGGAUGCCAAGUUUAAUGCUGACAAAUUUAAAUGGGACAAAAUGUGCCACAGAGAAGCUGCAGUGAUGUUGAAAGCCUUUUUCAGAGAAUUACCCACUUCUCUCUUCCCUGUGGAAUAUAUACCCGCCUUCAUCACUCUAAUGGAAAGAGGGCCUCACAUCAAAGUACAGUUUCAAGCUUUACACCUCAUGGUCAUGGCACUGCCUGAUGCCAACAGGGACACAGCCCAGGCCCUCAUGACAUUCUUUAAUAAAGUGAUUGCCAAUGAAUCCAAAAACCGAAUGAGUAUAUGGAACAUUUCAACUGUAAUGGCACCAAACCUUUUCUUCAGUAGAAGCAAACAUUCUGAUUAUGAAGAAUUACGGUUAGCAAACACUGCAGCCCACAUCAUCCGCUUAAUGCUUAACUACCAGAAAAUACUGUGGAAGGUCCCAUCUUUCUUAAUCACUCAAGUCAGAAAAAUGAAUGAAGCCACCAUGUUAUUAAAGAAGCAGCUCCCAAGUGUCAAAAAGUUGCUGAGGAGGAAAACCAUAGAACGAGAGGUUACCAGCCCUAAAACUUCAAAGGUACUACAAAAAUCACCCUCUUUAAGAAGAAUGUCUGACGUGCCGGAAGGAGUCAUAAGAGUCCAUGCUCCACUUCUGUCGAAGGUGUCCAUGGCCAUUCAACUCAAUAGUCAAACCACAGCCAAAGACAUACUGGCAAAAUUUCAAUAUGAGAACAGUCAUGGUUCUUCAGGAUGCAUUAAAAUUCAGAACCAAAGGUUAUAUGAAAUUGGAGGAAAUAUAGGACAGCAUUGCUUGGAUCCAGAUGCUUACAUUUUGGAUGUAUAUCGUGUCAAUCCUCAAGCAGAAUGGGUGAUCAAACCCCAACCAAGUUUUUGAAAUACGCCCAAGAUGGCAG